CUAGAAACCAGCUUGUCUUGCCUAUUUUCAAGACUUCUUUUCUCGUUGAUUUCUAGAAAGGGGAUUCAACAAGUAUAAUUUGGAAGAUUUUAUCGAGACUCGGAUUCCACUGGUUCUACUUCACCCACCCAACUGGAGACUCAAAAGUGUAACUUGACUCACAAAACGUCCAAAGCCCGCAUCAAUUCACGAAAGAUUCCUCUCAUUAGAAAAUGUCGAGACCGGCUUUUAAAGGUGUAGCUCGUCCGGGGGUUAGCCAUCAAUAUGUAAGUUCAUUCUAAUGCCGAAGCACGGAUAAUCAACCCCACGUUUUCAAGUUUCCAACUGUGGCGUGUAGACAGCCUGCUUCAAAAUAACUAUAUCUUCGGAUUCAGUCGACUAAUCAUCGCUUAGUCAAGUCGUCUCUUUGCUUUUGAACAUACACCUCAUGUCUCUUCGACUCCACCUCAAAACCUCCUGAUUUUCGUCGGUGGUUUGUUUGAUGGUCUACAGUAAGUAUUUUCGGGGUGUUCUCUGAGAGAAUAUGUCUGAUAUUCGUCAUUCCAUUUCACGCUGCUCCUAGAUCUUUUGCUGAUCAAUCCUCCCAGUACUGCUCCCUACACCUCUAGUAUUGCCGAUGCGCUUCCACCAUCAUGGACCAUUGCUCAAGCAAUACUUUCCAGUUCUUACACAGGGUGGGGCAUUUCGUCCUUAGAGAAAGACGUCAAAGAGUUGUCUAGUUGUGUCUCGUACUUUCGAACGAUCAAGUCUGGGAAGAUUAUUUUAAUGGGUCAUUCUACAGGAUGGUGAGUACUGAAUAAACUACCAGAUAAAGGUUAAUAGAAGGCAAAGAGCUAACCUUCUCCUAGUCAAGACGUAAUGGUAUACCUAACAGGAACCUGCCAUGAAACUCGUGCCAAAAUCGAUGGCGGAAUCAUCCAAGCAGCCGUUUCCGACCGCGAGGCUAUCUCCAUGAGCGCUGACACCGACGCUGUUCGUACCUCCUGCGAGACCGCUCAAGCUAUGGUGGACAGCGGGAAAGGCGAUGAAAUAUUACCAUCCAUCCAUACCUGUCACAUUUUCCCAGGCUGUCCAGUCUCUGCUAAAAGAUGGUUAUCGUUAGCGAGUCCCAACCAUGACGGUGCAGACGACUACUUCUCGUCAGAUCUUACUGAUGAGCAGCUUAUGAAGUCGUUUGGUAGCUUGCCAGCUUUAAUUCCACUCUGUAUUUUGUUGUCGGGGAAUGAUCAGUAUGUUCCAAAAGAGAUUCAGCCUGCUGAGUUGCUUGCGCGUUGGAUUGAAAUCUCGAAGAAGGGGAAGGGACAGGUGGAUGCUGAGAAUUCUGGCAUUUUGGAAGGUGCUUCGCAUAAUUUGCGUGGGAAUCCAGAGGAGGUUGUAGAUGGGCUUGUGAAGAGAGUGGUUGGGUUUUUGGAGGGCUUGUCUGCGCAUGAGCGACUGUAAGUCUGAAGUAGACUUUAAAUUUCUUUAUACACAAUAGAAGCCUACAUGGUGAGAGAAUAUACUUCCUCUCCUCGGUUGCGGUUCUUGUCGUUUUACCAAAGAAUUUACUAUAAAUCUCGAAUGGGGGUUUGAAAGGCGCCAAAUGAAG